AAUUAUCGGCUUUCUCAUCAAUUGAAUUACCUGCAAAAUUCCCCGCCGAAACAUUAAGAAAAAGAUAUUAUUGUCGGAAAAAAUUUAAGUAAUUAAAAACGGCUCUUGUGUAAUGACGGUCCAAAUUAAUGACGGUUAUUGGCCAAUCAAAGUAACGGUCAUCAGUUACCAUGGUGAUUUCAAACUCACUUGCUGAAUGUGCUGCUGGUGACCAUGAAAAGUUACUUUUGACGAAAUGGAAAACAAAGAGUCGUAUGAAGUCGCUACACAUUCGGAUGAUCUCGUUGUCUCAGAUCACCAAGAGUCCGAAAAUGAUCCCCUGUACAAUGAACAUGGUGAUGACUCGAAUAAACGCCGAGAAAGCCCGGAAUCUCACGAUAGUGAUUGGGAAACUGAUCUGGAAAUGCAAGAACGUUCAAAAUCGUUUGAUCUCACCGGGAAACGACUUUAUUUCUCUGCAUGUGCGUUAAGCGGCGUCAUUCCGAUGUCCUACUUUGUCCGUCACAUACAAGAUAAGGAACUGAUAUUACGUCAUCACGGCCUGGGAGCUAAAGGAGUUAAAGCAAUCGCCAUAGUGCUUGUGACUAAUACGACAGUGUUAAGAUUAGAUCUCCAUGACAACAACAUUGGUGACUUAGGUGCUAGCCAUGUUUGCGAGAUGAUGAAAGAAAAUUGUUACAUCACUUCGUUAGAUUUAUCUUCGAACAAGAUCAGUCACGUGGGCUGCGCAGCAAUUUGUGACAUGUUGAACAACAGUGGCAUUCUUCAAGAUCUAAACAUUGCAAAUAAUGCUUUUGAUGAUAAAGAUGCAAUCAUGUUUUCUGAAAUUAUCAAAAACAAUGAUCAACUGAUAAAGCUUAAUAUGAGCGGAAAUAAAUUUUGCGAAGAAGGAGGAGUGGCCCUGGGGGCAAGUAUUGCUGCAAAUGACUCGGUGGAAAUCCUUGAUCUCAGUUGGAAUCACAUUCGUCGACGUGGAGCUAUUGGUAUCGCCACAGGACUGAAGAAUAAUUACACUAUAAAAGUUUUCAAUCUUUCGUGGAAUGGCUUAGAAGAUGAGGGUGCUCGCGCGCUAUCUGAUGCCCUUAAAGCAAAUAAUACAUUGACUGAACUUGACAUCAGUAACAAUAGGAUCUCCACAAUUGGUGCGACAUUUAUCGCUAAGAGUCUGGAAGCGAAUGUUACCAUAGAGAUUCUAAAGAUUGGUGAUAACCCGAUCGGCACUGCCGGUGCCCAUUCCCUGCUCUCCUCAUUAAGAACGAGGCCAGACAACGCGAUGCACACGUUGUGUCUUGAGAAUAUAUAUUUGGACGAUGAUUUUUUCCUUUUACUGGAAACGCUUAACCAAGAGAAACCUUUGAAAGUCGUUGGUCGCAUCCGACCAUCAGAAUGUUCACCACUUCAGGUUGUUAAACAGUUCAUCGCUCACAACUAUGAACGUUGGUUUCAAGUUUUUGGAGAGUACGAUCCUGAUGACAGUGGUUUCAUUUCUCAACUCCAGUUCAGGGAAGGAUUAAAGGAAAUCAAUUUAACUUUCGAGAAAGGUCCCUUGGCUUGGUUAUGUAUUUUGUUGAAAGAAUCGCGAGGACCCCAAAUUAACUACAAAAAGGCAGCUGAGAACGUGAAAAAAAUAAUGGCUAAAACUCAUUCGACUUCAUCGAAAGCCGGAACUCCUACUUCCAUUGGCAAAAAGAAAAAGGGAAGGAAAUCUCGAUGAUGACAUAAAAUAAAUAUGUAGAUUUAUGUUUUAUAAUAUAACACAUUAACUAUGAGUUUAUGCACAACUUCAUCCAUAGUCUUCAGCGUUUUCAAUCCAUCGUAAAUACUCGUGAUGCGAUGUCUUCAACGAGCCAAUCAAUGCCAAGCAAGAGAUUCUCCCCGGUGAUGGCACUGCACCACUGAAUAUGCCAAUGAUGAGUCUUUAUGCUAUCUAACUCUAAAACCUUACAGGGAUGAAGAGAAUACAAGUUAUCAAAGUAUCAGAACUUUAACGUCUUUCUUUGUAGUACCUGUUUGAUUUCUUCUGCUUUUAAAGCUCCAGGAAGAUCUUGUUUGUUGGCAAAAAUUAGUAAAGUGGCUCCUGUCAGACGCUGAAUGAAAUAAAACUAAUUUAACCCGA